AUGUCAUUAAGUCGUAUUCAGCUUCAACACCUACACGAAACGUUCCCAGAGGCUGCGGCACUUGGCGAUGACGUGGAUCGAACAUCACUCCACUAGGAUGGAGUUACGAGUCUUCUAAAGAAAAUAUUUGAUUGAUUCUCUAGCUAAAUAGGAGGGAAAUAAGAAGAUGUGAAUCUCUAGGAUACUCCAACAAUCGAGUCUUAAUUAAAUUUCCUACUAGAUUGGCACUCCAGUCUGUAAUUGGAAUUAGUGGCGACGUUAAGGAAAAUCCAAUGGCCGAAACGUAUAUAGUGGAACAAGAAUGCGUCAACGAAGUGGAAUACAUGAAUAUUUCAGUGACAAAUCAGCAAAAAGUGAAAAGUUUAGCAGGGUCUUAUGUCAUGUAUAAGAUCGAAACCACUACCAAUUUUCGACAUUUUGACAAAAGAACGAUGACUGUGACGAGAAGAUUCGGUGAUUUUAUUGGUCUAUACGAAAAAUUACGCGAAAGAUACGAAAGUGAAGGACGUAUCAUCCCCCCUCCACCCGAAAAGAAGACUCCUGUUAGCGAAAGAAUUUCAAGAAUGAGGAAAACCGAUAAAGUUUCUGAAUGGAAGACCUCAGCACUUCAACGCUAUCUUAAUCGCUUGGCCAGACAUCCAGUACUCAAAUAUGACCCCAUUUUAAGAGAAUUUCUAGAACUGAAAUCGGUUAUACCACGUUCUUAUAGAAGAUCGCCAUUUUCUGCAAGGACUAUACGUUGUCAUUUCAAGAAAUUAGGAGAAUCAAUGGGUAGAAUAUAUGCUAUGGAUGAUGAUGAACCCUGGUUUAAAACUAAAUACCAACAUCUGGAUACCUUAGAAGAUAAUUUGAAGAAAUGGUUAAACAGCAUCGCUACUGUUAUAUGUCAGAGACAAGCUUUAUCUUCAGGUCUAGGUGAAAUAGCCAGAGCAACUGCAUUAGUCGCAGGUUGUGAAGAGAACAAUAUCUUUUCACGACUAUUGUAUAAAGUUGCAGAAGCACAAAAGGAGACUGAAGAGUUACAACUUCAAGAGGCUGAAAGUGAUUAUGGAACGUUAUACGAACUGAUAAAAGAUUAUAUUAUCCUUUUAGAUGUGGUCAAGCAAAUAUUUUGGGAGCGAUUGAAAACAGUUCAUUUGAUUAAAUUAGACGAACAAAAAUUGAUAGAUAAGGUAAAGAGGAUGCACAAAGAGACUGAUUACUACAAGCAAGAGUGCUUAAGAGAUAUCAUUUUACAGUUAGAAUCGAAAAUAUACAACAAAAAACAAUCCUUAACCACAUUAUCCAAAGUAAUCCGUGAAGAAUUCGAGCACUUUGAACAAACAAGAUUAGGAGAAUUCGAAUCCGUGAUUAAUAAAAGACUGGAAUCAUUUGUGGGAACUCAUCAACAGAUGAUUAACUAUUGGAAAGCAUUGCUACCAGAGGAACAGGGAAUUGAUUAAGAUUUUUUUUUCUACUCC